GCCGUAAGUGAGCACCGGAAGUGCUCCGCGCAGAUUCCACGAGGGCGUCGGGCGUGCGAGUUCUUCGUGGGAAGAAAGCAACUUUCCAGCGCAACCUUCCCUUCUUUCCCCGACGCCACCCAGUAAAAUAAUAAUAAUAGUAAUAAUAGUAAUAAUAAUAGCGGUUAGAGCAACGCUUGGAUGGCUGAUCAAGGUGUAGAGAAGUGUCAGGAGACACCAAGAGCUGAAGACUUGGUAAUGGACAGUGAAGAGGAAGAGGCAGUGACUGACCAGAAGGAAGAAGGAAGUGAGGCUCAGUUGGAUCUCUCCACUGAAGAUGGCGGCAAAAAAGUUGUGCCAGGCAUAAUUUACCUUGGUCACAUCCCUCCUCGCUUCCGGCCACGACACGUUCGUAACUUGCUUAGUGUGCAUGGUGAAGUAGGACGUAUUUUCCUGCAGCCUGAAGAGCGAUUUAUACGAAAGAAAAAGAAGAAAGCGGGUAGCAAUGCCAAGAACUUCACUGAAGGCUGGGUAGAAUUCAGGGAUAAGCGUGUGGCAAAGGUGGUAGCUGCCAGUUUGCACAAUACGCCCAUGGGUGUCCGCAGGAGGAGCCGAUUCCAUUAUGACCUCUGGAAUAUGAAGUAUCUGCACCGCUUCAAGUGGACUCACCUGAGUGAGCGACUGGCCUACGAGCGUCAGGUGCGGCAGCAGCGCAUGCGGGCCGAAGUUUCACUGGCCAAGCGCGAGACCAAUUUCUACCUGCAGAAUGUGGAGAAGAGCAAGCGCUUUUCGGAAAAGGGCAGUCGGGGAGGACAGGAGGAGAAGAGCUGGGGCUUUGUCCAGCGCCAGACGGAGGAAGAAAUCCAGACCAGCAAAGGGAACAAGCGCCUGAAGAAGCAGUUGGCCCGGGCUGCUGAGAUCCAACAGAAAUCCCAGUCAAACAGCUCUCUGCUAUCCAAGAUCUUCAAUAUCCAACAGUAGUGCUUGUCCUCUGGAAAGUCAGACUUGCUGCUGAUCCUGGUUUAGCUGCUAAGCCAAGCAGACUCAGUCUAUUCUUAAACCUACCAAAGCAGGCAGGGAAAGUUCAUUCGUUGUUGUUGAAAGGUGCACCGCACAUUUUAUACAUACGCUGUGGAUGUAAAACUUGUUGAUCUUUCUGCUGUACGAAGCCUCUCUUUAAGGGAGCUGUCUGGCUUUGCCUGAGCAGCAUUAAAGCUUUCCCCUGUGGGGAUUUGGCAAAGGUUUGCCCUUUUGGUGGUCCUCUUGGUGACUUGAGAUUGGCACUGGCUGUCCCACCUUGCCCAGUCCUGAAUCAAGUUCCGAAGUUGAUCCAGCGGAAGAGUGCGCUGUUCUAGAUCGGAUGAUGCUGUUGGGGAGGGGAGCUGAAACUAGCUAGAGUCCAGUUGCUAAUAGGAACCUUGGUCUUCAUUCAGAAAUCAAGGGGGAAUAAAGGAACAGGCCAAGCUCCGCCUUUGUGGAUUUUAUAGACAUUUCAGUUCUCUGCCGCUGAUCAUCCAAGAUACUUUGGAAUGAGAAGCGUCAAAUGGGGACUCUACGUAUUUUGGUGACAGUAAGGUGAUAAUACUGUUAAGUCAAUAUGCAGCGGAUAUUUGAAACCAACAUCUGGGGCUAAAACAGCAAUAAACGUACAGACCCCAUGAAUACUGUGAGGCUAAAAAUGUUAUUUUCCCAAAAAGUAUUGAAUUGGGUUUGGGGUUGCUUUAUCAUUUUCAUAUCUUGUCCAAAAAAUAUGGUCUGUUACUACUGGAAUUGUUUCCAUUUAUUUUAUUUUAUUUUUUGCAUUUUACAAUGUUUCAACAAUAGAACUUAAGCCUAAGCAGAUUCCACCUACAUUAUGAAUUAUUUCCAUUUUUAAUGUAUGUGUGUGUGAGAGAAAGCAGGUACCAACUGGUAAAUAAAAAAAUCAUUUUGAAGCACUGGUUGUCUGUUCUUCAACCACAGUAUGUGGUACAUGAAGUGGGAAGUGUUCUAAAGUAGCAUCUGAUUCCAUGUUUAGGUAAAAGAAGAGUUGGUUUAUUGUAGCUCUGGUUUGAAAUGCUCAACAUUUCUCUGGUAAGCCAUAUGCUAAAUGUGACAUACAACUUCAUUAUGCAGGAAAAGCUUGAAACAGAAUACAGCUUUGCGGGUCCACGAUCUCGAGGAGUUGGAAUUGUGUCUGGUUCUUGGAGCCCAGAAAUCCUGAGAAAAGCUUCCACCUUUCCAUCCAAAUGUCUUUUCUCUGCUGGAAUAGGAUGUGUUUGAGUUCUGCAAUAUGGCUUCUGAAUCUUGCCUCCAGAGGAGGGAGAUAUGGGAAGGCAUAGAAAUAAGGUGGUAUAACGAUGAACGUUGAGUUUACAUAUGAAGUGAAAUUCAUUCUCUGCCUCUAAGUGAAAGAUGGAGAGGUUCCUGCUGUACUGAUGGGAGAAGGCAGGCAUAAAAAUAAAAGCAAUUUGACAAGCUCUGAAAGGCUUUGAGAAUUUCUCCUCCUAUCUCUACACCCUUAACUUUCCCUUCAAAACUGACCUAUUUGUAUCCCAUUUGUGUUGUCCUAAAUUAAUGAUUUAACCUCUGUCUUUAUUGCCCCAUCGCAGGACUGAAACUGCCUUGGUUUUGCACUGGUUUAUGAUCUGCAGCAGGCUAUGGAAAGAGGUGAAAGCUGCCUCCUAGUCCUGCUGGAUUUCUCAGUAGCCUUUGGUACCAUACCAGUGAUUCUUAUCCCUCCUCCUGGGCUGUAUCCAGAAAAGUAGUGUUGUGGGGGCGAGUGUUCAGACCUCUGGGAAGUCACUUGUGGGGUGCCUCAGGGCUCUGUCCUCUCCAUGUUUUUUAACAUCUAUAUGAAGCCUCUGGGACAGAUCAUCGGGGUUUGGGAUAAGUAUGUGGAUGAUACCCAGCUCUACCUUUUUAAAAAUUGGAACCAGUAAAGGUGGUGAGCGUCCUGUGUGUCUGGAGGUGGUUGGAAGAUGGAUGGCAGUUAAUGGAUUGAGGUUGAGU